UAUUUUGAUGUGCCUUGGUCACACUAGCUUUAAUGUUGCAAAAAAAAUUGGGGAAAAACGACAUUUGAUAUGGGAAAAAUGUUUAGAAACUAAACCGCCAGGUCUUGCAGCAGCCACCAGAAUGAGUCUCAACCUGGGCGGCUGGAUCCACAGCUUCACCGUCACGGACACCCAGGAGCACAAGGGUGGCUACACAAUAUACAAAAUCACCUCGAUUGUCUUCCCGAGGUCGGUACCUCAGGCUCUGACCUGCCUGGUGGUGUGGAAACGGUUCCACGAUGUCAAGCGGCUGCAUCGCGAGCUUAGCCGGCGCCACAAGAGUCUCCAACUACCCGGCAAGUUGCCCGUGCCGACAGAUAGCACAUAUUUCAAGCGAUUCGAUGCGGCAGUCAUCCAACGGCGAAAGGAGUACAUCCUGCAGUUAUUAGACUUUGCAGCCCAGCAUCCGGCGCUGUACAAGUGCUCAACCUUCACGCAGUUCUUCCAGGAGACGCCCUCGCCGAACGGAUCGCCGCUCAAGAAGCUAUAUGUGGAGCGAUCCCUGCGGCUGCAGACGGAAGAUGAUGGAUGCGGAGGUGGUGGUUCGGAAACAGGAACUUGCGCUGGAGCCAUAGCCGACAUUUGCGAUAAACUAGACUUGCCCUAUGACCCACACGAUGCGGGGGGCAUCACGCCUCUAGAUCCGCGCUGUGAUAAGGAGCAAACGAACAAUGAAUCCCAGGCCAAAGAAACUGAAACCGAAUUAGAAACGAAACAGGAGCCCAAGACAGAUGUAGCGCCGUCCAAGAGGGACUAUCUCCGCCUUCUGACGCCCAUGGCUUCCAUAGAAAGCGACGACAGCGACUACAUAUAUGAGGCGGCUCUAGAGUUCAGUCAUGCCGUCCAAGCGGAGGUUAACCUGGAGUAUGCCGAAGCCCACGAGCGGUACAAGCAUGGUGUGGACCUGCUGCUCAAUGGGGCCAAGCAGGAUAGCAGUGAGGAGCGCAGAUUUAUAGCCAAGGCGAAGAUAGCCAAAUACUUGGCGCGGGCUGAGGAGAUACACGCCAAUUUCCUGGCCAACGACUGUCCGACGAAGAAGCUGCAGUUCCAGCUCUCGCUGGACACGACAGACGACGGUAGUGCGACCCAUUUGGAGUGUCCCUGGAAUCAGCUGGCACGCUACAAGGUGCUGCAGGUUCUCCAGGACCGUGUGAUGCAGGUGCAGUGUGUGACGAAAUCCCAGCAGCCGGCUGCCAUUAUGAAGGGCGUCGAAAAGCCGGCCAGUCACUCGCUGACCCAGAGCAUAUUUCUGCCCCAGCAGGUGCCUUACAUGGUCCAACUGCUGGCCUACUUCCAGUCGGAGCAGAAGAUUUUCCUGCUACUGCGGCAGGCGGAGGGCGGCAGGUUGUACGAUUACCUGCAGAGCUACACGCCCACGAGUAGUAAGAGUUUCAAUUAUGGAGAGCUUUUUCCCUCGGACCAGGAGCCGGGGGAGAAGGAAACAGAGGAGCAACCUCUGACUUCGGACAGCGACGUCAGCGAUUUGGUUCGCAGCUCCCAGCAGCUUUUAAAGUCCGUAACCAACACGCUGAGCAAUUUGCAAGCGGGAGUCGUUACGCCCAAAAGAAAUAAAAAGGUGGAUCAAAAUCGCAUCCGAAGUAAACCCAUUCCGGAGCAGUGCCUGCGUCAGUGGGCUUGCGAACUGGCCAUCGCCAUACACAGUCUGCACGGCAAGGGCGUUAUCCUGCGCGAUCUGCACAUGGGUAACAUCUUACUGGGCGCCAAGGGUCAGCUGCUGCUGACCUAUUUCUAUCAGAACGAGGGUCUAACCUCGGACGACAACUAUGUGCACAAGGCGCUGAGCUUGGAGGCAGUGGCUAAUCACUUUGUGGCACCAGAAAGACCGCUCACUUUCCGCUCGGACUGGUGGAGCUACGGCGUGGUGCUCUAUCAGCUCCUGCUGGGAGUGCCCUACAAAGUCACGCACCCGGGGCAACUGGACCUCUAUGGUUGUGUUCAGUAUCCUAGUGAGUCGUUGGAGAUUUCAGAUCAUGCCAAGGAUCUGCUGGAGCAAUUGCUGCAGCUUUCGCCGGAGCUACGUUUGGACUACGAUCAAUUGCAGGCUCAUCCAUUCUUCAAAGGCAUCGAUUGGCAGACGGUUUUGGAGCAGGGAACUGAGUCCACGUGAAAAUAGGCACUAUUUGCUUUGCUAUUGAGUCUUUACUUGAGUAAAGUAUUUUCUUAUUUCUGUACUGUACCUGAAAUCCCAUUUGUGAUUCCUUGCUCAGUUCUCAUUGGCAUUGAUUUUGAUUUCUAUCAAAGAAUCUGAAGUCGCUCCACAGCGAUUACUUAUGUUGUGAAUCUGCUAUAUUACUUUUAAUGCUUGUCUCCAAGAACAAGUGUAUAACCAUAUGUUUUUAAUAAGUCUUUUAUGUUAUUCCUUUUUUGAAUUGGAAGCUGAUCAAUUAUUGGUACAAAAUACGAUUUAUUUAAACGUCUAUUAUAUACAUUUGCAAAGUGUCCUAGUGUAUGUAAUUGCUUACAAUUAGAAAUUAAACUAAAUUGAAUGUAGUUGUAACAAAAUUUGCAAGCCGUUUUACAAAAUUAGUAAGUAAUAAAUUUGUAAGGCCAACUGAGCUAGUAUACAAUAUAAAAAGCACUUUAUUGUCUAACUACA